UCUCACAAGCAAAGCUCCCCCUCUACAGACGAAGCAACGAAAGAGGAGCAAACCUUCAGCUCCACUCGGAUCUAUCAGCAGCAAGAACAAAGCUUUCUAGGGUUUUCGAAUCUGCCCACCCCCCUGAAUCGAAGAUCGACAAUGGCGAUGGCUGCGCUCCGACGCGAAGGGAGGCGAUUCGCCCCUCUACUCUCUCCCCGCCCGAUCGCCGCCGCCCGGUCCUCCCUGUUGCCCGAGGAAGAGGUUCCUUUUGGGGCUCGUUCUAUUUCAACUCAAGUGGUAAGGAACAGGAUGAAGAGUGUGAAGAAUAUUCAGAAGAUCACCAAGGCUAUGAAGAUGGUUGCAGCCUCAAAGCUACGAGCAAUUCAAACUAGAGCUGAAAAUUCACGUGGCCUGUGGCAACCAUUCGUUGCCCUUCUUGGCGACACCCCCAGCAUUGAUGUCAAGAAGAAUGUUAUAGUCACCGUUUCUUCGGACAAAGGGCUGUGCGGUGGGAUUAAUUCCACUUCAGUAAGGGUAAGCAAGGGUUUGCACAAGUUGAACUCAGGGCCUGAAAAAAAACCAAAGUAUGUCGUCGUGGGGGAAAAAGCAAAGGUUCAAUUGAUCCGUGACUCACGAAAGGAUAUACACUUGACUAUAACAGAGUUACCAAAAAUUCCUCUGAACUAUACUCAGGUUUCUGUGCUGGCUGAUGACAUCAUAAAGAACGUUGAGUUUGAUGCUCUAAAAAUUGUCUUCAACAAGUUUCAUUCUGUCGUCUCAUUUAUACCAACAGUGGCAACUGUGCUAUCACCUGAGGUUGUUGAAAGGGAGGUGGAAUCUGGUUCGGGAAAGCUUGGAGAACUAGACUCCUAUGAGAUCGAAGGUAGUUCAACGAGGGGAGAAACACUACAGAAUCUGGCAGAAUUCCAGUUUUCUUGUGUCUUGUUUAAUGCCGUAUUGGAGAACUCUUGCAGUGAGAUGGGUGCUAGGAUGUCUGCCAUGGAUAGCUCAAGCAGAAAUGCUGGUGAAGUGCUUGACCGCCUCACUCUCACUUAUAACAGAACCCGUCAAGCUUCUAUUACCACAGAGUUGAUUGAGAUUAUAUCUGGAGCAUCGGCAUUGGAGGGCUAAUUGCGGAUAAAGUAUUUCCAGCUUGUUUGAUGGCGAAGAAAUAAGAUGAAGGCUGGCUUUGUUUAAACAUGUGUCGCUGUUCCUUUUUGAGGAUUUCUGAGAAGCACCGCAAUAAUUCCCAGUGCCAGAAAGUUAAAUUCUGUGAAGUACAAAGCAAUUUUCUUCCCUGGUUUUGCUUUACUCCUGGAGUUUCUUCUUCAUUCCUACUCUGGAUGUUGACGUUGGCGUUAAUUGAAUGAUGGAUGUUUUGCAGCAGCAACCUCCUGGUACCUUCAUUGGAGUGUAUAUGGUGCUUCAUUUAGCAACUCCCCGUGCUCGAGUUAGGCGAGCUACUCAAUUGUGUGGUUCUUUUGAAUAAACUUGUCUCCCAAAUUGCUUCUUUA